CUCAGACCUCAGACUCAGACUACAGCCCAGACUUCAGAGUCUGGGCUGUAACUUCGUGUUUAUUGCUGGAUCACUUCUGCCGGCUGCUGUGAGUGUGAGCAGCCUGAAUGCAAUUAAUGCUCCGGAUAUUAAAAGUCAAUUCAGACUCUAUUAGAGGGAAUAAAUCAGCUUAGCAGCUGCUGUUAUUAACACAGGCCCUCACACACACACACACACACUCCCUCUGCCCCUCGCCGCCCCUCCCGGGUGAAUUUCCGGAGCAGGGCUUGGCGUCUCUUCAGUUGGAGCGUUUGGCAGCUCGGGCUCGCUCUCGCACGUGCUCGUGCUGCAGAGGACUGUGGUGGACUCUAACCUGGAACUGUGACGUAACCCUACAAUACUCUAAAACAUUCUGCAAAAAAGACCCAUAAUGUGAGGGUGCACUCACACUUAGAUCCCCACAGCAGGGCUCAUGAGCCUCAAACCUGCAGUCUCUCUAACGUCCAGCAGGGGGCGACUCUGAUUGGUCAGUGAUGUCAGAGCUGAUGGUCUCGCUCUGAUUGAAUGAAGUUUAACUUUGGUCUCAAUAGAAGGAAAACGAUGAUGCGAUGAUUCUGGGCGGGGUUACUCUGUGAUUGACAGGUUUCUUUCUUGGCUUAGCUUUAAAAAAAAACUUUUAUUUUGGUAGUUCAGAGGUCUUUUUCCUGCAGACUUCCUCUCGGUGAACAACUGGAUGGAUGCUUGUUACAGGAGGAGACCUGGGUGUCCUAGGAGAUGAAGGGGGUGGGUGGAGCAUAGGGAGGUCUGGGCGUGUCUGUCUACGCUGUUGGUGGGUUAAAGUUGAAUGACUGACCUUUAGUUUCUAUGGUAACAGCCAACAUGGGGCUGGUUAGCCUGCUAGCUGAAGCUGAUGUCUUCAUCACGCUGGCAUGACACACAGCGUCCACACACGGAGCGUUGCCUCAGUAACGCUCUAAUGUAUUUACCAGUACUCUCAUUGGCCUCAGAAUUCAGAAAACUUUACCUCAGGACCCGCCCACUUUGUGUCGCUAGCUUCCAGUGUCUGUGACUUCUGGGGUCACUCUGAGCUCUGCCUGGAGCAGGGCUGGUAUCUCUGUGAGCCCAGCUGUGGGAGGUCCUGCUGGGGGCGGAGCCUGGGCCUCUUGGACUCUGCGGUUCAGAAUGACCCGGCGAGGCUGUAACAGCUGAUCCGUGUUGGUGCCGGCGCCCCGCUGCUGUGUAAGUAAACAGUGACCUGAUAUUAGAAAGCUGCUGCUGUAUCCGCCUCAUGAUCCUGUAACUGUGAUCCUUCACAACCGGAGUGCGGCGCCUCGGGCUGGGCGGAGCAGAGAGCGCCUUUGUUCCCGUCUCACGCUCAGGUCCGCUGUGACCACCUCCAGCAUGAACUCACGGCCUUUUUCCCACGCUGCAGGACGCAUGGACGUCACCGACGUCGGAGUGCUCUGAGGACCGUGGGCCUACUGUGGAAAUAACACACGUUGUGUCAUCAUGGCCUGAUUUCACACCGCAGCAGGUUCACAGCCUCAGACCUGUGACAUCACCAGGGAGUCAGACACACGCCGCGAACGCUCGUUACGGUCUCAAUGUGAACGCCGCUCGCUCACGUCACGUCGUUAUCUCCUUCUGACCAAUCAGAUCUCAGAUUUGUCUUUCCUGAUGAGUGUCAGUAAGAAACAAGUCUGGACACUUUAUUAGGUACACCUGUUUGUACCGUGGUGGAAGCUGCUGGAAACAUUCCCCAGAGGCUUUGGUCCGUGAUGGGAUGACAUCAUCAUGACAUCAUCACACUGAUGAUCCCACAGGUGAAAUCUGUGUGUGGAGGCCGUCCGAGUGCAGCGACCUCAGAAACCAGUGCGUCCCCGUAUGUCAAACGGUCCCUCUGUGGCAGUGACGCUGACAGUGAUGACCCAGUUUAUCACAGACACGACUUUGAUGCAUGUUUGUGACCUCAGAGCGCGUUAGCUUCAGUCAGAGCACAGAGCGAGCGAGACUCCACCCCCUCCUCCUCCUCCCUCCUCCUCCACCCGCUCUCCCUCCUCCCCUCCUGCUCCUCCUCCUCCCUCAGAGAGGCUCAGUCUGACUUUAGCUCCACAGUGUUUUUCAGUGCAGGCAGCAGAGGGAGGCGUGGCUACCACACACACACACAGAGCGAGCUCUGAUACUCUGCGGGGCUCAAACAGUCGGAGGACUCUGCAGGACGAACACGUCCGUCUGCUCACCUGUCCGUCUCUCCGUCUCCGUGUGACUCAACAGGACGUCGGGACUUUUUGCGGACUUGAACUUCCUGCCUGGACUUUGAUGACAGCACUUUCUCCUCCUCUGCCGUCCUUCAGGCUUUAAACUGAACUCUGUAAGAAAAACACUGAAAACUUAAAACUGUCGGACCUUGCAGCAGCCAAUCAGAACGCAGCUAUUGUCUUCAGAGCCUCGGGAUUGGCUGACAGCUCCUGACUUUUGACCUGAGCUCAGUUUGUGCAGUUAUAGUGAAAUAUACUCUGUUUGACUGUUUCCUGUUUCCACUCGAGGAGCAAAGAUGAAUUUGUAUUUUUAAACUAGUGAAUGAAAUCCAGACUUUAACUUUAUCAAUGAGUUUACAGUAUUUUACUCUUUUGGUUAUUAACUGUUUAUAACCGUCACCGCUUUGAAGGAGACGUUUGGUUUGAUUUAGCUUUGAGUGUUUUUGAUGGCGAUGAGGCGUCUGAGCAGCCUGGUGCUGAGGAAGUGGAAGGAGAAGGAGCGAUGGACGGGGAGGAGGAGGAGUGAGCCGUACGCAGGAGGAAACGAGGAGGAGGAAGACGAGGGGGAGGAGACGAAGAAAGAGAACAGGGACAGACUGACGUACGGACGGAUGAUGAGGAGGAAGUCUGAACCGUGUGGAGCGACGGAGGAGGACCAAACAGAGGAGAAGAAGAAGAGCGGCGCGAGGAGAGAACGCAGGACGUAUGAGCCCAGCGCGGAGGAGGUCAGGAGAGACAGGAGGAGGGCGGAGCCGGGCAGAGGGAGAGAGAGGAGGAAGUCCACGUCAUGGUUAAUGGCGGAGGACCGAGCGGCAGGCCAGGCGGACGGGACGAAGCUGAGGCGGCGGUCAGAGCCCUGCGGCGUGCUGCACGUGCAGCUGCUUCCUCUGUCUGGCAGGAGGAGGCGGGAGCUGCUGCAGAGGAGGACGGGCCGCCGCGCCUCCUGCAGCGAGGAGGAGGAGUGUCAUAUGACCAGGGGGCGGUCGGACCCCGCCGGGCCGCUCGACUACACCCACAGUCUGUCCUCCCCUCCUCCUCCUCCCCCUUCUGCUCCUCCGGUCUCUCGUCAGGAGGAGGCGAGUGUUUUCCAUCUGGAGACGUACCUGACGGAGCCGAGGCGUCCGGAGACCAGGAGGCUGCGCUCCUUCUCCUCGCCCCCCGACACCGGCCAGCGAGUCUCUACGUUCUCCUCCGCCUCCUUCACCUCCCUUUCCUCCUCCUCCUGCUGUCAGAAGCCUCCACCGGCCCCGCCUCCUGUGGCAUCUCCUCCUCCUGCUCCCCCUGUUCGGACGCUGGUGGAGGUUGCAGACACCAUGUCGGAGCAGCCGGACCCCGAUGAUGCCGCGUCCGAGGCGUCGGAGAGAGACAUCUACAUGCGCUUCAUGAAGUGCCACAAGUGCUACGACAUCAUCCCCACCAGCUCCAAGCUGGUGGUGUUCGACACCACGCUGCAGGUGAAGAAGGCGUUCUUCGCUCUGGUGGCCAACGGUGUGCGAGCCGCUCCGCUGUGGGAGAGCAAGAAGCAAAGCUUUGUGGGAAUGUUGACCAUCACUGACUUCAUCAACAUCCUCACCAGAUACUACAAGUCCCCCAUGGUGCAGAUCUACGAGCUGGAGGAGCACAAAAUCGAGACGUGGAGAGAGCUCUACCUGCAGGAGACCUUCAAACCUCUGGUCCACAUCUCACCUGAUGCCAGCGUGUUCGAGGCCGUGCACUCGCUCAUCAAGAACAAGAUCCACCGUCUGCCCGUCAUCGACCCGGUCAGCGGGAACGCCCUCUACAUCCUGACGCACAAGAGGAUCCUCAAGUUCCUGCAGCUCUUUGUGUGUGAGAUGCCCAUGCCGGCCUUCAUGAAGCAGACUCUGGAGGAGCUGAGCGUGGGGACGUACACCAACAUCGCCUACAUCCACCCCGACACGCCACUCAUCACCGCGCUCUCCGUGUUCACGCACCGCCGCGUCUCCGCCCUCCCCGUCGUCGAUCACCACGGUAAAGUGGUGGACAUCUACUCCAAGUUUGACGUCAUUAACCUGGCAGCAGAGAAAACCUACAACAACCUGGACGUGACGGUGACUCAGGCGCUGAGGCACCGCUCCCAGUACUUCGAGGGAGUGAUGAAGUGCAACAAGCUGGAGACACUGGAGACCAUCGUGGACCGCAUCGUGAAGGCCGAGGUUCACCGGCUGGUGGUCGUCGAUGAAGAGUCUCGCAUUGUCGGUAUUGUCUCUCUGUCUGACAUCCUGCAGGCGCUGGUCUUAACCCCUGCAGGUCUGGGGAGGAAGGAGUCUCUCCCCCAUCAGCCGACAGCUCUGAACUCAGCGGGACCGGAGCAGGACCAAAACCAAGAGCAGAACCAGGACCUGGGAUUAGAGCCUGGAACAAAUCCAGAGACAGAAAGUAAACCCGAGUCAAAUCAGCAGGAGAAGGAGGAGAAGGAGGCCGGGGACCCCGAAACAGGAGGAGAGACUGAUGCUGCAGAGACAGACAGAGAGAGAGAGGAGAAGGAAAACGAGGAGAGAGAGGAGGGGGGAGAGGAUAAAGAUGAGGAAACAGAAGGAGAGAAAGAGGAGAGGGAGGAGGUGACAGAGGGAGAGGAAGAUGGAGGAACAACAGAGGUGGAGGCUGAGGAGGAGACCAAAGAGAAGGCAGAGAGAAACAAUGAUGAGGAGAUGGAGGGAGACAGAGGGGGAGGGGCAACAGAUGAGAGAGAGGGAGAAGAAACAGAGAUGGAGGCUGAGGAGGAGGACAGAGAGGUGGGAGGGCGUGAGGAAGAGGAGGGCGAUGGUAACGAGGUGGGAGGUGAAGAGAAAGGCGGGGUGGAGGAACAGCCAGAUGAAGGAGUGAGAGAGGAGGAGGCAAUGCCAGAAGGAGGCGGGGACGGGGAGGCGGCGUGACAUCAUCACCCGGCUCCUCUGGACUUUCGUCACGGCUCGCCGCGCUCCUCUCGAGCCGACCGCUGUAGAAGAAGAAGAAGGGGCGGGAUGCACAGUGCAGGCGUAUGAUUGGACAAGUCUUCUGAGGGUGGGCGGGGCCUGUGGGUGAUUGAUGUAUGCUAGAGCCAAUCAGGGAUCUCUACUGGUCUCUUUAUUUAAUCCUCAAACUUUAAUGUUGACAAACUGUCACGUGUUUCAUCGACAAUCGCAUCAUUACCAUGGCAACAUGAGCGACAGCAGCGCUGCACCUGCUGCAGGCACGA